AUGUUAAGUUUUACUACACCAAAGGGGUCUUCUAAACCACCUGUUUUGUUUGAUAUAAGAUUAAACAAUGCAGACCACGAUGUAUUAGUAUUCACAGGAUCACCACAAGAGUCUCCUUCUGUUUUAUUGUCUGGUACCAUAGUAUUAUCUAUUACCGAACCAAUGUAUGUUAAAUCAAUGUCUCUAAGGCUAUAUGGUAUGCUAAGAGUAAGAAUUCCCGUUACUUAUAACACUGCUAAUGGUGGCUCUAUUACUAGGAUAAAUAAAUAUGAUAAACGGUUUUAUGAGCAUUCAUGGAAAGAUGUCACUUCUUUAUAUGAUACCGCAACCACCAAUAAUACAAAUAGAUUAAGUCGUAGUAGCUCUAGUUCUUCCGUAAAUCUCAACUCUAACAAUAAUAAUCAAAUCAAUAUAAACGAUAACAACAACAACAACAACACCAACAGCAGCAACAGUAGUGGUAGCGAGCCGCUGCUGAUUCGUUCAGCAAGUGGCUUAUUCAAAAAACAUAUAAAACCGAAAUCAUCUACAAAUUUAAAGAAUUUAACUUCAUCUGCAGGCGCAGCAUCAUCAAUGGCACGGAAUAAUAGCAACAACAAUACUCAACCAAUUGACUUUAAUAAUAACAAUGUCGCAUCGAUUCCCCCGCAAUUAUUAGAAAAGGGUAACUACGAGUUCCCAUUUUCUACAAUAUUACCAGGUACAACAAUUGAAAGUGUAGAAGGAUUGCCGCAUGGAUCCAUUGUUUAUAAAUUACAAGCGUCUAUUCAAAGAAGCAAAUUUUUAAAUGAUAUAACAGUAAAGAAACAUAUAAGAAUAAUCCGCACACUAUCGCCAGAUUCCGUAGAUUUGUCUGAAACUGUUGCGGUUGAUAACACUUGGCCAAAUAAGGUGGAAUACACGAUUUCUACACCAGCCAAGUCCGUGAUUAUUGGUUCAUCCAUACCUAUUUCUUUAAUUAUGGUUCCAUUGUUGAAGGGCUUAAAAUUAGGUCCAAUCAAAAUUCAAUUGGUUGAAUAUUGUGCGUUGUGUGGUCCGUAUGGUCCUCCGUAUACUGAGGAAAGGAUAGUUACCAAGUUAAAAGUGUCAGAUCCAUUGGGGCAUCGGCUGAAUUAUGAUGACGAUGGCUUGAUUUUUAAUGAUUUUCAGGAUAGGUGGGAUGUAGAUCUUUUGCUAAAUAUUCCUCCAAGUUUAUCUAAAGGUACUCAGGACUGUACCAUUUUAAAUAACAUUAAAGUCCGUCAUAAACUGAAGUUUACCAUAUCUCUAAUUAAUCCUGAUGGCCACAUGUCUGAAUUAAGAGCUUCUCUACCCAUUCAGUUAUUCAUCUCUCCAUUCGUACAGUUGGGUGUUAAGUCUGCAUCUGCAUUGGAUGGCGGCAACAGCAGUGGCGAAGGAAGUAUUGCUAAUACAAUCAGCAAUAGAUCCAGUAGUACUAAUCUCAAAAGUGCUGUUGGUGGGUCUGAUUUUAGCAGAAACAAUAAGAAUAGUAGCUUUAUUAACCCCAAAGGACCGAGUGCUAGUGAGGAUAUUGAUGAUGAUUUUAUAUUUGGCAGUACUUUCUCGGCACCCUCCUUUUUAAACACCCAAUAUGCUAAUAAUCUAAAUAGUGUGUCAAAUUUAUCGACCCUGUUACCUCCGCCAGGAAUUACACCAGAUAUAAAUAAUGUUCAUAACAAUGUUUCCAGCAAUGGCGAUACGAAUAAUAACAGUAGCUCGUUAAAUGUCUCAAUGAACAACAAUACAGAUACCGUGGGUAGAUUAGAAAGCUCAGGUUCACAAGUCUUGUCAAGUGUUUUAUUAAACAGUUUGAUGGCACCACCUAAUUAUGAAAAUAGGAUUUAUGACAGACUGUGGAGCGAUAUUAAUUACGAAGAGUCACCAGUUCAAUCAGGCACACAAACUCCUAUAUCACAGGAUCAUAAUGGCGCUGCCUCUGAUGGUACCGUAAACAAUAGCAAUGACAACCCGUUGAAUGAUGCAGACAAUGUGGAUUUAUUACAAAUGGGCCUAGAACAAUUGCAACUAGAAAGGGAAGGACAAAAUGAUAAUAUUAAUGAUUCUGCAAACGCAUCCAAUUUAUUUCCUGCUCCUCCAGUCAUCAGCAUUACGGCAAGUGAGCCAUUACAGAAUCCUGCUUUACAACAUCUAAGGAACUUAUCUGCUCUAAGUACCACAGACAUUCCGUCCGUGAGACACUUAUCGAGGGCUAAUUCAUUUGCUGCGCCAAAUUCUAGUAGCAUCAACCCAAGUAUUCCAAAUAUCGAGGAUCCUGAUGUGCGGAGGUCAAACUCUUUUGAAUGGGAAGUCAAAAAUUUAUCAAAAGUUCCAACCUAUGAUAAUGCUUUGAAAACCCCCACUCUAUUUUCAGAUGAUCUACCACCAGCCUAUCCUAGUCACGAGGACAACCACAUAUUUUCAACUGCGACUAUUGGAUCUUUGGAACUACCUAAAUUAUUGUAUAGUAGGAGUAGUAGGUCAGACCUCUUGGAUUUAUCCAUUCUGAAUUCAUCUGAUAAUAAUGGUACAAACAAUAAUGCAACCGCCAAUGGUAGCCGGCACGGAUCUGUAGGAGGAAUAGCGGGAGCACGUAACAAUAUGCUUUUGAGUAAAAGUCCGAGUAAGAACGAUUUUUCGGAUACGGAAGCGGGCAUUGUUAUUGGGAAACUAAGAAAUAAACCAAAUAACACAGUUACGAAACAGUUUGGCUUUGGUAUGACACCGAUAAAUCACAGCAACAGUAAUAAUAGUAGUGGUAGCAAUCAGCAAAACAAUAAUAGCCACCUCUCUAACAAUAUUGACAACGUCCCUGGUAACGAUGUUCAUGGGCUGGCAUACUUCACUCAACAAGAACCUUUUGUUAAGCCUAAAUCAUCUGCUCCUUUGAGUAAGUCCAGAUCUGGUUCAUUUGUUGGUUUAAUAGGACUGUUAAAGAAAUAG